AUGGUUCUACACACAUUAGCACGCUCAAGAAGCGCAUGGGCUCCCUUGGUUGAAUCGCGCAUCAGCGCGAGACAAUUCCAUGCCUCAAUAUCGAGAUCGCUUCAUGAGGUCCCCAACCUGAUCUACAAGGAGGAGUUUGAGGCAAAGGGUAUCGCUGGCUUCUUGAGCAAGGAAUCCUACGACAUUGCAUACAACAAGAACAUGGCUUUCCUCGUCGACCGUUUGAACAAAGCCACAAAAGGCUCCGACCAUGAGAACUCGACCACCAAGCAACUCGUCCUUUCCUUUGCCCGCAACCCCUCCAUGGCCGCCGUCUUCUCCGCUGCCAGCAUGGCCCACAACACGCAUUUCUUCUUCGAUUCGCUGUCGCCCUCGCUGGAUACCAACAGCCUCGAUAACUACCCCCUCCUCAAGGAAGCCCUCAUCAAGUCAUUCGGCAGCAUCGACACUCUCUGGAGGACAAUGCUGACCACCGCAAACGCAAUGACCGGUCCUGGUUUCGUCUGGCUGGUCCAAGCAAAGCAGCGCUCUACUUCAGCCGCUGGAAACACUUCCUCCCUGCCUGAAUACAGAAUCCUUACCACCUACAACGCCGGCACUCCAUACCCCGAAGCCAUCUAUCGCCAACAGGGCGUCGACCAAAGCACAGCGAUUGGAUACAACGGUUCAGCUGGUUCUUUUGGCUCCACCUCAGCACGCGGAAGAGACACACCCAAGCUCCCUCCAGGCACUGAGCUCAUUACUCCUGCUCUCUGUGUCAGCACCUGGGAACACUGCUACCUGCCUGAGUACGGCGUGGACGGCAAGGCAAAGUACCUGAUCGAAUGGUGGAAGUCGAUCAAUUGGGGAGCUGUCGACAACAGAGUCGAGAAGAGACAGAAGCUCGGCGACAACAACGUUUUCGACAAGGGUCCCAGUGUAUAA